AAAGAUUUACUGCUGAUAUUAUAGAAUAAAGAACUUUUGCUAGCAAUGAAAUACAAAAAGUAGAUCUUAAUGAGGGUUUGUGGGAGAAAGCUUUGGCAGAAAGGUAUUUCUUUGAUUCUGACACAUAUACUACAUUUUUUAACUUCUGUGAAAUUGGAGUGUUACCAUCAAUGGAAUUUUAUAACCACAGCAGUCGAGACUGAGUUUCACUAGAGAGGAUUUGUGUUUGUUUCUGCCAAACAUUUGGGGACAUUACUGACCUGAAACCACUUUAAGUUCUGUUAGAUGUGUUUUGGACUACCUUGGUAAGUAUGAAUUCAAUCUGAAAAUUUGUGUGAAUACUGGCUUGUGGUUCAGAUUCUCAGGAGAGAUUUUUGUGUCUUUCCCAUUUUCUUUAUCCAGUUCCAGUGUCAGGUUGUAAAUAGUUACUUUGUGUUGGUGAAUUUGUUUUUCAUUCACCUUUAUGUUGGGGUAUUUAGUGUCCCAAACAGGGACCUCCUGUCAGACACCCUUUCUUGAGCACUUUUUUCCUCAUAAACUAAUUCUCUCUUAAAAUGAAAGCAUCUUAGAUUCAGUGAAAGACAAUAAAUAAUUAUUUAAAUCCACAGAAGCACAGAUCAGAUUUCUAAAGGCCAAACUCCGUGUUAUGCAGGAGGAAUUGGAUAAUGUUGUAUGUGAAUGCAAUAAAAAGAAGGAUGAAAUUCAGGAUUUAAAGUCUCAGAUAAAAAAUUUUGAAGAAGAUUGUGUGAGACAGCAGCGAACAAUUAAUUUGCAACAGUCUCAAGCAGAAAAAUACAAAACUCUUUUUGAAGAAGCAAACAAAAAAUGUGAUGGAUUAUACCAACAGCUGUCUUCAUUAGAAAAGGAAUUACAAAGUAAAACAAGACUACAAAAACAGGCUGCCACUAAUCAAAGUGCUACAGAAGUUCGCUUGAAUAGAGCUCUAGAGGAAGCAGAAAAGUAUAAAUUGGAGUUAAGUAAAUUAAGGCAAAAUAACAAGGAUAUAGCAAAUGAAGAACACAAGAAAAUUGAAGCAUUAAAAGCAGAAAACAAGAAGCUAGAAAAGCAAAAAGGAGAAUUAAUGAUAGGGUUCAAGAAACAAUUAAAAUUAAUUGAUGUUUUAAAAAGGCAGAAGAUGCAUAUUGAAGCUGCCAAGAUGCUGUCUUUCACAGAAGAGGAAUUUAUGAAGGCACUUGAAUGGGGAGAUUCAUAAGUGAUCUACUUUAAUUAGUCUGUAUAACAAACUGUGUGACAGAUAUAUAAUUUAUUUCAAUUGUAAUGGUUUGAAUUUUUACUGAGAAAUGAAAUCAGAGUAAUUCCUAAGUAUUUUGUAAAAUAAACCAAUAAGAAUUUAA